CUGAAGUAGAUGUUAGAUCUUUAAUUUCGGGUUAAACGUAGAUAAAACUUAUGCAGCCCGACUCUAGUUGGAAAUGUAGGAAACUGCAGGAAUGGGCAAAGAAGACAAACCUGGAAAUCGGUUAUAUAAAUGGCUAUUUCUAAAUAUUCCCGCUCAAAUAAACAAUAAAUAUGAGAGAUCUUCAGCUACAAACACCACAGAGAGAUCAACAUUCUGCAAAUCGACGCCUGAGAACGGUUUCGGAUCUCAAUGGUAAUCUACGUAAGACUGCGAAAAAGAGCUUGAAUCCCGUGUUAAAAGCUCAAUCCGAAGAUGAUUCUGCUAUUUUGGAGUCGCCAAAGGAGUUUUCUGAGACUGCGAAGCUGAGCUCGAAUCCUGUGUUAAAAUCUAUAUCCGAAGAUGAUUCUGCUGUUUUGGAGUCACCGAAGGAGUUUUCCGAGGCUUCAAAUGAUAGUCCCCUUACUGAAUCUGCUGAGAACUUUCUGGCUUCAGUUCAUCCGGCAGAACCACAAUCAUCAGAAUCAGUUGAUGUCUCAGAUCUGACUUCAACGCUAUCAUCCUCCUCCUCCGUGGCUCCUACUCCUUGCAAGCACGUCACCACUGAAACGGUCAGCACCAAGAAACCUGAAGUGGAUACUCUCAAGAUGGAAGGACCAGCUGAGGCAGAGCUGGUGAUAAAACAUCUCAGAGAAGCUAGAAUUGAAGUCUUGAAAUCAAAAGACAUCGGCCCUGCAAAGAGUAUCGUGGAGGCUCUCAUAAGAAUCACAAUCGAAGAAGUUCAUGGUGGUGUUCAUGAAGAGGAUGAAUGGCUUGAUAAACUCAUCUCAAGUAAGUUCACUCCGGCUUUCUUGAUCUGUAUGUUGGUGUUGUGCUCUGUGUUGAUGGUGGGGUUCAUCAAUUGGAUUUGGAAUGGUUCCUUCACUGGCCCAACACCAACAUAAUGAGCUAAUCUUGUGACUAUGUGCAUAAGAGACUGGAAUAAACAAAUGUGAGUAGAAAUCCAUCUAUUUCUUAUGCAUAAGCAUGAAAUGAAAAGCUCUGCUAAACUGCAAAUGUUACAAGCUGUCUAAACUGAAACUCGUUUAGCUAUAUGUGGUUUAAUAUACUCAUGUAUCCACCAACUGUUUUGUCUUAAUGUUGAUUUAGCCACAUUUUUGCUCUCUUGCUUUA